AUGAGCUCGAAAAACCCAAGAGCUUUAGUUAGAUUCUUGUCAAAUUUUACCAAAUUAUCAUCCAAGGGAUCUAAACAAUCUGAAGAGGUUGCACAAUCACAAGUUCAAGAAGCUUUAAGUUUAUUAAAAGAUUCUAAAUUCAACUUUGAAACAAUUACAGAAGAUGAUAAGAAAAAGUAUAUCAAUGAUUUCACUCAAAUUUUAUCCACUGGAUUAAGUCAUAAGAAUGAAGCAACAACAAUAUCACAACAUUUUGAUCAAUCAAUUUUAGGGUUAAAUCAAUUAUUAGUUAAGCCCAAUUCACAAUUAGCCUCUAAAAUGUCAUCGUUAGACCCAAUAAGUGUUAAAGAAUUAAUUUCCAAAGCUAGAAAUGAAACUGAAUUAUUGAGAAUAUAUGAUAAUUUAGUCAAUAAUAAUCAUUUGAAUUUAAGCAAUUUUAGAUUAAUCAUAUUCAAUAAGCAUUUACGUGAUUUGGAUCAUAUUUUGAAUAAAUUGAAUUUUGUUAAUCAUGAUGGUAAAUUUGAUGAUUUAAAGAUUCUUAUAGCUGCCAAAUCUUAUGUUUUAAAAUCAUUUGAUAUAACAAAUAGUCUUUUCACAGCAAAUAUUGAUAAAUGGUUAUACUUGAGACAUGAAGGCAAAUUGUCUUUCCCAUUGGAAAAGUCAUUAUAUCAAAUCAUUUAUAAAUAUAAGAAAAACACUGAAUUGUUAACAGAUUUGGAUUAUACUUUAUCAUCAUACAUUUUACUAUUAGAAGCUAUACCAAGAAAGCUUGAUGAAUUGAAAUCAAUUCAAAGCUCAUCAAACUUCCAAUUAUCCAAAAAUCAAGAUUUAUUCUUAAAUUUCUUAUCAUACAUCACAUCAAAACCUAUAAAUAAGCAAUCAAAUAUUUUCCUAAGGAAACUGACCAAAUUAAGUUCUGAAAACCAUGUGCAUAAGGAAGACUGUUCCAAAGAUUCUCAAUUAACAAUUCAAAAAUAUAGAUUUAUCAAUGGGAUCAGUGAGAUGGCUGAGGAAUUGAUGAAUGAAUAUGGGGCUAAUGAGCCACAAUUACGUGGAUUGAUACGUUCCAUUCAUGAGACUGAUGAUUUGUUACAAAACGAGACUGUCUUAAAAUUCAUAUAG